AUGGUAUCAUCAUCACCAGAAAUCGUAUAUGACAAUGAUGACAUUGUUUUCCAAUAUAAAAGUGGUAGAAAAUUAGUAGAUGAUGAAUCAGUAGCAUAUAUUUUACCUAGUGAUGCAACAGAAGUCAAGCGACUUGAGCUAAAUCACAAUUUAUGGAAAAUGAUAUUAGAUGGCCUAUACAAAUCGUCUGUACAUGAAUCGUUGGUGGAAGGAAUCACUAUUCUAGAUGUAGGAUGUGGACCAGGUUUUUGGAUAAGGGAUAUGGCUAUACUGUAUCCAAAUUCCAAAUUUAUCGGGAUUGAUAUGGCAGAUGUGUUUAUCACCAAAGAUCUUCCACCCAAUGUUGAAUUCCAAAUUAUCAAUGCUGCUAUGGGUCUACCUUUUCAAGAUGAAUCCUUUGACUUUGUUUUUCAACGGUUCUUGGUGAUGGGAUUUCCAACCGAUACCUAUAAACAAUCGAUCAAAGAGAUGAAGAGAGUAUUGAAACCAAAUGGUGCCAUUGAAAUACUUGAACUAGUAAACCACUAUACUAACCCAUCUCCUGCUUUAACCAAAAUAUCAGGAUGGAGAAUGGAUUCUUUUAUUGGUGAUAAAAUAUCGUCGUUUUUGAAGGAUGCUAGUUUUCAACAGAUAAGAGAUAUUAACUAUAAUGUUCCUAUUGGAGAAUGGGGAGGUGAACCUGGUAAACUUUAUCUUGCUAUUCAGCGUUUAGCAUUACCUGCUGUUGGUAUCAUGGUGAUACAAUUGACUUCAGUGACAGAAGAAGAGUAUCAAGAAACAUUAAAAGAAGCUUUUUCUGCUGCAAACCAAUUUCAAUCUUCUACUCGCUUUCGCUUGGUCUAUGCCAAAAAAUGA